UCAAAAAAAUAAGUGUAUAGUUACAAUCACAGGAAGUGUGAAAAUGAAAUGACAGGACAUUGGACAGGUGGAGUUACUUCCCAUCUACCGCGCGACCCCUGCACGAGUCCGGGUUGCGACCGGAAGUGAUCUAAUUCCAUCCCCGUUCCAAGAGGCCCGAAAGAAUCGGGGGAUUUCUAUGGAAGAGAUGUCAGGAGAAAGUGUGGUGAGCUCGGCUGUGCCGGCAGCUACAACACGGACCACCUCCUUCAAGGGGUCCAGUCCCAGUUCCAAAUAUGUGAAGCUGAAUGUCGGGGGAGCGCUGUACUACACCACUAUGCAGACCCUGACCAAGCAGGACACCAUGCUGAAGGCCAUGUUUAGUGGCCGUAUGGAGGUCCUUACAGAUAGUGAAGGCUGGAUUCUGAUUGACAGGUGCGGGAAGCACUUUGGGACCAUUCUGAACUACCUGAGAGACGGAGUCGUCCCAUUACCUGAGAGCCGGAGGGAGACAGAGGAGUUACUGGCAGAGGCAAAGUAUUACCUGGUGCAGGGCCUGGUGGAUGAGUGUCAGGCGGCAUUACAGGUACAGUACCGGCUACAACACAUUUAAAGGUCACAUAUUUUACACCUUU